CACGCUUCUCAGGCUGACACAGUAUGGUCAUGGAGUCUUCAUCUAUAGUACCAUGGCAGUCACCGAUACACCAGAGUCUCUGCGAGGGACCGCCGCGGACCCUUCAGCAGAGGAUCUUAAAGCCGCACGCCGGCGCAGAGAGAAACCUCAGUUGUCCUGCAAUUUAUGUAGAGAACGAAAAUUGAGAUGUGAUCGCAAACUGCCCUGUCACAACUGUACACAUCGUGGCUUUGCCGAAACGUGCCAUUACCCUCAUGGCAGGUCUUCCAAAUCUUCAUCAUCGCAGCCACUGGCGCCGCAAGUGCUGGGACCGACCGUUCGUGACCGAGUCAAGCAACUCGAGGAUCAGGUGGUGAUGCUGAUGGACGCUCUGAAUGACGCGACGAAAAGUGGUCGGACGAGUGCUCCAAUCACUGAGCAUCCAGCGACAACAUCAUCAUAUCCCGGCACGUCAAGCGCGCAAGCACUUGGAGUAUCCGAAGUAGCUCUUCCUGACGCGGCUGGACAUAUCGAGUGGUCCAAUUCGAGCGUAACGUAUGUGGGCAAUGCACACUGGAGAGCAUUGUUGGAAAGUAUCCCUGGGUUCCAGGACAUGAUAGGGGACAUCUCUCAGGUACCCAAAGAGGCACAAACUGCAAAGCCACAGAUGCCAGGACCACUGUCGGGAAUCGUCCAGCGCGUAGACCGUGCAGAGAUCAUGGCAGCUAUCCCUCCCAAAGACACGGUGGAUAUACUCAUACAGGAAUCGUUCAUCAACACGGACAAUGAAUGCAUGAUCUUGCAUGUUCCAACUUUCCGCAAAGAGUAUCUCCAAUUCUGGGACGAUCCGGACUCGACUUCAAUCAUAUGGAUAGGUUGCUUGUUCAGCUUGAUGUGCUUGGCCAUACAGUACCAACAAUUCUCCUCCGACGAGGCACGCAGGUUACAAGUCGCAACAUCCAAUCCUCAGCAAUUGAUCACGACAUUCCACAUGAGAAGUACCCAGUGCCUAUUGUUGGGAAACUAUUUGGAUGGACCGCCGUACACAGUCGAGACGCUACUGCUCCACCUCCUGGCAGAGUACUUGUCCGGUGACUACACGGAGACGACGAGUGCGACCUAUGCGCUCUGGGGACUCAUCGUGCGCAUCGCCCUGAAGUCGGGUUAUCAUCGUGAUGGCUCACAUUUUCCCAAUGUGUCCCCGUUUCAAGCCGAGACCAGACGCAGGGUUUGGCUGAUGAUCGUUCAGUGGGAUAUCUACUUGGCUUCACAAUUCGGACUACCACGAAUGAUCUCUCGGUCGCAGUAUGACACGGCAGAGCCACACAAUUUGGAGGGAGAAGAUUUCGACACCAACAUGGUCGAGUUGCCUCUGGAAAGACCGAUAUCCGCAAGGACGACGGCUCGAUUCCACACAGACAAGACCAGGCUCCUCUCGGUGGCCAACAGUGUCACGGAACUUUGUAAUGCACUCAAGUCGCCACCGUUGAAUGAAGUGCUGAGACUCGACGAUUCGCUCACACAAACUUAUGAAUCUGUCGCGUCGUUGUGGGAGACGAAUGAGAACGGUUCGCCUCUGUCACAAAAGGGUUACAUGUACGGUUCAUUCUGUAACGUCCGGAGUAUGUUCCUGGGUGUCAUUUACAGCAGGAGUCAGAUCGCGCUCCAUCAACGAUACCUGGUGGCCGGGAGGACAAUCCCACAAUACGCGAGAUCACGAAAGACGUGUAUCGAUGCCGCUCUGACCAUCCUCCAACACCAGUGGAGGUUGUACCUCGAGACGCAGGUCGGUGGGCCAUUGUGUCGGUACGGUUGGAAAUUCCUGUCAUUGUUGAUGCAGGACUUUCUCUUCGCCACGGCUUUUUUGUGUACCGAACUCGCACAGGACUUGUCUGAAGAUGGUGGCACCCUAUUGUCAACAGCCGACGAUCAGGGAGACACCAAAGCUCGGGUGUUCUACUCGUUGAGCAGCGCUUACAUCGUCUGGCUGCAGUCGAGAAAUUACGACUCAUCCCGCGCAGUUCAAACCAUCGUCGCGGUCAUGAAAGCUUUGUUGACCAUGGCACAAGAAGCUGGAUUUGGAGCGUUGAGUGCGAACAGUCAACCGUCAUUCGCACCAUCAGAGACUCUUCCGCAACCUCAGUGCUCGACAACGGCGACACCAGUGUCCCUGGAGUCGGAACAGGGUAGGACAGGAUUUCCCGAGACGUAUCACAGUAUAGGCCAUUUUCCAAUCUGAUAGAUGUGAAGAGAUGGAAGACGUAGGUAUUGCCUACUUGGGUAUGACAGAAAUGAAGCAGCAUCUACUCAUCAGCCGGGAGGUUCUAGUCACCUACAGUAAGGUAUUGAUGGGCAUGAAAUAAUGGGCCUCGUAACGAGUGCUUAGUAACAGUUUCAUAUGCUCCGGGCUUCAAUCACCAAGAGAAUUGUAUUUACAUACCACGGGUGCAGUGAUGAUUGUCCAUAAUGUCCAUAACCUCCUAUGCCCGGCUCGAACAAAGG